AUAAGGUGCGUCGGCGUUGUAGAAGCCGUUGAAAAGUGUUUCUGAUUGAAAGCAGUUGGAAAGUGUGACACGUGACGGAUUUACGGAUUAGAUAAGUGAGUGAUCAAAUUUGCUGGAGAUGUUCUAGCGGCGAUUUGCUGCGCUUUUGAAUAUCGUCAUUUCAGCCACUCAUAGCUCGCUGCGCUCUUGUCUUUUCUGCCGUGGGCGAUCUUCGUUGGUCGGCAUGGUUUCGUUGGACUAUGCGACUUUACGCUCUAGCAGCUAAUAAUGAUGCAUUUCCAACACAAUAUCAAGCAACUGUAGUUCAGUCAAAAUCGAGAUACCGUUUCGAACGGAUGAAAAAUACGGCGAUCGUCGCGCAAGCAAAACAAUUUACAACGAUUAUUGAUAACAACAAAGAAUAAGCUUAUAUAGCGUGGAAAAAAUUAGAAUUCAAUUACAAAACAGAAUACAGAAAAAAAAAACGAAAAGUAAUCUAGCUACAUUUUACGUGCUUUUUUUAAAAGAAAUAUAUUUAAAUUUUUAUUUGUGUGUGUGCAACAGUCUACGAAUACAAAGUGUUUAGUGUAAAAAAAUAUAUAAUAAAAUCCAAUCAAGCACAACCAAAACACAACGAUAUGGCAAUAAAAAUCACAAAUUUAUUACAAAGUCAACGUUAACGAGUGUUAAAUAAGAGAAAUUAAAAAAUAUAUUAAGGUGAAGUAGCAGAAAAAGAAACAAGUGGAUUUGUGUAAAAGUGUAGAAGUGUUGCAAUAAAGCAGAGAGUGUUAAUCGUAAAGAUCGGCCGAUCGGCGCCAAUAUUUGAAUUUCGAAAUUUCAAGUGCGAAAUUUAGAAAUAGCAAGCGAUUUAGUGGCUUUGUGUGCUUAAGCUAUAGGAAAACAAGGUUAAAAAUAUUGUGACCUCAUAACGAAAAAUUGGUAAGCAGCGCGAAUUCCAAUAGUAAUAACAGUUGUUGCGUUUUUCGGCAAGAAAAUGUGCUUUGGAAGCAUUCAACUUAUUAAAGCAAACGCUCGCAGCUGUUGAAUUUUUCACAAACAACAAAAUCUAUUAGCUUUAAUUGGCAGCUGAUCAAACCUAAAGAUCAAGCGACUUUCAAAAAACAACUUAAUUAACAACAACAACAAAAUAUAAGCCAGCAACAACCACGUUACAACGAGUUGAGCGACGCUGCCGCUAUAUAUGAAAUAUUUAAAUGAGCUGCAACAACAACGGCAUACAGUUAUAGCGACACCGCACAUAUCGAACACAUGCCAUGAUUACCAGAAUACAAGCAGCAGCAACUAGAGUAAUAACAAGAACACCUAUAUGUAACGGAUCUAAGUCAAGAGCAAUGCAACAUCACACGAAAACAGCAAAUUCAACGACCACAAUAACAACAACAAUAGCUGGUCAGCUGCAAAAACACAUGACAGCACACACGAUGGACGCUACGACGACGAGGACAAGGCGCGCUGCAACAACAUUGCGCCGUUGUAGUAUGGCCGCUUUGCAGGUGUUGGUGCUGGUCUGCGCCUUGCCACCGCCCUUGCAACCGUUGCGCUCGACGACGCAGCGGUGGGCGGGCGCCGUCGAGGCGUUGCCGAUUACCUCGAAGCCCAUCGAGGGCACUGCUGAAAAUCUUGCCUGGCAGGCGUGGCUCAUGUUGCCACCCGAACAGAAGCAGUUGGAGAAAUCGCGAAAAGUAACACCGAAAUCGAUAUUUUCGCUGCCGUUUCGCGACUGUCCGCCCGGCCAUCAACUCUUCCAGUCACGUUGCAUACCAACCGUGAACAUCAAUCAGAGUGACUUGCUGACACAGCAGGUAUUGGGCUUGUUUGGCGGCAGUGUUGGGGGCGCAACAGGCGCUGACAAUGCAUACGAAAUCGAUUACGGUGACGAGGAGUACGAUUUGGGUUUGGGUGAAGGCGAACCGGUGAUGAUGUACGAAGCGCCGCAGCCCUUCAACGGUGGCCUUGUGGUGGGCGCGAGCAAUACACAGCAACCGCCAGCGCGUGAUGAGCCGUUGAAAUUCAAUCUGUUUGAGCAAAAAUUUCCAACCAACGAUUAUGAAGCGGAUAUGAGCAGUGGUGCGAUGGAGGGCAGUGGUAGCGCGCGGCCAUUGACUGAAUUGUUGGCCGCGAAUGGUUCGGAAGGUGAGCGCGUUGGUGUGGCCGACAAUGACAAUGAUGCUGGCGCAACAUUUUUCAAUUCAACACAGUUUUUAGAUGCGGUGCAAGGAUUUUUUCAGCGCAAUGUUGUAGCUUCGCAGAACGAAAGCAAUGCAACAACGACAGCGGUGGCGGGAAGUAAUGCUAACAUCACAGACCACAAUACUCGCGCAGUAAAUGGCAGCCAAGUGCUGGCUGAUUUGUCUGCGGACGGCAGCAAUGUGCCGGCAUUCGCAGACGGCGAUAUCGAUGCGAUUAUAUUGCCAGCCGUGGGCGCAGGCACUACCGUGAAAACGUUUAGUGGUUAUGCUGGCGACCUUGAACCGCAGCGCAUAUCACUGUUCAAGGAUGACAGCAGUGUACACCUGGUUACAACGGUAAUUGCGCAGCCAGCCAAAGAUGAACGCGCAGGCGGCGAAGACGCGGAUGCUGGCGACUUGGUGGCAGCGGCGCAACAACAAGAACACAGCAUAGCACAAUUUUUACGCGCCGAUGCGCUCUUGCCCUUGAGCAGUGUUGCGCCUUAUAUUACCACAACAUCAACAACAACAGCAACUACUCCAAAUACACAUGAUGCCGGUCAUGCACCAAAAACGUCGUCAAUGCGCGCCAAAGAUGAACACCCACGCAGCGUGACGCCGCAUAAGGCGUCAACUGCCGCAAACAAUACCGACGCGCAGGAAACUAGUUUCAUAACCACAACCGAGCCGGAGGGCACUACAAACUUUCAAAUCGACGAAACUACUGUGAUAGAGGCGCAAGAUGCUGACGCUUUGGCAGCGGAGAGUAACCUCUCGCUUUUGCAGGCGAUUUCGCAACAACAACAAAUUGAGCUUGGAAAAUCAAAAGCUACGGCUGUUGAAGAUGUGCCGUCUACCACGCUGGUGACGGGCGUAGUCCACGAUAAGACAGAAGUUGCUGGUGACAACACAACAACGCAAACUGCGACAAUAAUCUACGAAACAAGCGAAACAACAACAACAGUACAAAAUGCGGCCGAAGAGAGCGCAGACACAGCAGAUACGACAACACAACCGUUACCCAGUGCUGCCACAGUGUCAUCCGCAACAACUACACCGCAAGCUGCCUCAGCCAGCACGCUAAGCACAUACCGGUUUCGCAACACACCCACCGUCGCCACCGCAGCCAUCACUCCCAUCCAGAUACCUGCGCGAGGCAGCGCUGCGUAUGAACAAGUCCCAAUUCUUGUCACCACCGUCGUACCGCAGACUGUGGAGAUGCUUUCGGGUGAAGAGGCGACGACGCGUGUCAGCGCCGGCAGUGCGAUCAUGAGUGAUGUGCCGAGUAGUGGCAGCGACACCGACGGCGAUUUAGUGAAUGUUGUCGCGGCCAGCAGCAACAGCGACACCGAUAAUGACAGCAAUAAGUAUAAAAAUGCACCGGCGCGCUCUGAGCCUGCGGAGGCCGCGUCAGUAACGCGUGAUGUAAAUAUCGCGCAAGAAUUGCGAAUGAUUAAUGAAUUGGUGAAGGGCAAUCGACAGGCGACCGCGACAAAAAUGGCAGCUACAAAGACAACAGAAACUGCAGCAGCAACAAUACAAAGUACAACCAUUUCAAUGCUGGCAACCGCAAACGCGCCCGAUUCGGAGGUGCAGCAGUCUGCAAGCGCGGCAGAGAGUGAUCAGCAAGCGAGCGCGAGCGGUGCGGAAGCGGUUGAGGUGCGACAAGACGUUGACGGCGCGACUACAACAACAACAGAAACUGCUACACAAGUGCCUGAUACGUCUACAUUGAACAAGUCUUCGUUGCCUGCGGACAGUGGUAGCGCAAUCAUUGCAACAACAACAGCAACCACGCAAUCACUCUCGUUGACUAAAAUGGAAAGUGCAAAUCAACGCGCCGAGUCUUCUACAGCAGAUAACGCGCAACUUAGCGAAACAUCAAGCAAGAAGCGCGUCGAAGUUGAGAUUCACACGAGCGCCAAACCCGACUUUGAGACCGAGGCUACGGCGACAGACACUGAAUUUAUGGCCGCCACAACGCUGUGGUCGCGGAUUAUGCCCAUCUUUGGUUUUGGUGGCAGCGCCGUCGAUGCAGAAGCAGAUGCACCGGCAACGACAACAACAACCACAACAACAGCCGUCGCAGAGAGCACACCAAUUGGUAGUAUUAGUAGUAAUAGUAGCAGUAUCAGUAGUAGUAGUAGUAAAAGUAAAAAUAGUUUAAGUGUAAAAAGCAGCAGUAUGGAGAAAAACAACAAUAACAACAAUAUAAUUAAUAACAGCAAAAGCGAUUUCGAUACGCCCAGCCGUCGAAAUAGCAAAAUUAUACGAAUCGAUCACUUUAGUGAUAAUAGCGUAGCGGCAGCAACAGCAGCAACAACAACAAACACAUUGGAAGAUACAGCAGCUACAAUAACAAAAACAACAGAUGACUUCGUAAUUGUGCCGGAAGAGCACGAACCCAUAGAACAGUCGGCCUACUGGUGGUUGCCCGCCAAUUGGCGUCUCAAUCGCGACACGACCGAAGAGCAACCGCUGCUCUUCCGCUUGUGGUCCGCCUUUCCUGAAAGCCAAAUGAAAACCAAAGUUAGAACAUAAUUAUCCCAGUUUGUUGCCUCCCACAGCAAUGUCCACCCGAAUGUCUCGCAUGUACGUACGAAAAAAGGGAAAUUGUGUAAGGAAAUUGGCGAAAAGGGAAAUUGGGCUCAGUCAAAUUUUUAAAUGCCUCGGAGCUUUAAAAGCUCUCAAAAUUUGGAGUCGUGUGAACACGGGCCGAGCUGACAUUAAAUGGGGCGGGGUUAGUUUUUCCCUAGAGCACUCGUACAAAUUACAUACACAAACCGCUAGAAAAACAACAACAAUAACAAAGAAAUAAUUAACUUAACGCUUAGUGAAAUAGAGACCAAUGCAAUGAACGUGAAAAAAUAGAAAAUUUUUUAAUAGUUAAUUACAAUUAAACUUGUAGUAGAUAAAUUUUACGAGAGCGCGCGGGGAAGAGGUGUUAAAUACGGAUAUGGGAAGUAGGCAGCGCUAAAGAAUAUGCGCAGAGGUUGAAAUAUUAAUUGUGGCGCGGAAGUGGAUAGAAACUAUGAAAACUCACACAAAAAGCUUGGAAGCGUGAAGACUUAGAGUCUUGAUAUGUAGGUGUGGCGAUAACAAAACAUUUGCUCAUUACUUAAAUUCAUAGAAAAUUUGCAAACCACUCUACUCUGGCACUCUAGUGCAGGCAAAAGUUCAAAAAGCGCUUUGAGAUGUGUCAGCAAAAGUGUAAGCUUCAGAAUUGCGUGUUUUACAGAUUUGUCGUUCGCUACACUUUCAAGAAACGAUGAGAGCUUAUAAUUAUGGAAACUUCUGCUAUAAUUGUGAAUUUGUGCAGAAAAAUUAAAAGUUUUCAUUACCUGCAGCGCAGCUGAAGUACUAGUGAAAGCUGCUAAAAGCGCUUUGAAUUUUUUGUGAGCUAGUGUAAAUGCUUCGAAUGAUUUUUGCGCAAUAUUUGACAAAAAUUUAGAUCAUUGUGUGAAAGCUUCGUUUAAAUAUGAAAGCUCCUAGUUUUUCAAAGCUUUAUUGUUUUUGGAAAUGCUCUGUAUAAAGUAUAGGCAUACAAGUAGGUGGAGUAAAUAUUUCAAAUUUCAACUAAACUAAAAUAGCUUUAAGCUUCUCACGUAACUAAACUUCUUUGCGCUUUUUACGCUUUUUUUUCAAGUUUCAAAAAUGCGUAAGAUUUUUUAUAUGGAAGAGUUGGUUCGUAUAGAAACUGGCAACAAAAACGAAAAAAAAAAAUUGUAAAAAAAAAUAUUUGUGCUGAUGUUAGCUUGUAUGUUUUAAAUAGUAAGCCAUUGUUGCUGUUGUUAUUGUAUUGUUUUUGUUGCUGCUGUUAUAUAGAUUUUCGUUUUACAUUACAAAUACUACGACACAAACAUAUAAUAAAAUUAAAAACUCAUAAAAAUUAUUCCCCUUUGUAUUUGUUGUAUUAAAUAUAAGUAACGUACAUAGUACCUAACAGUGUUAUUGUUGUUGCUGCUGCUGCCACUGCUGCUGCUAAGGUUUCACGAGCAUUUAAGCUCACAUAUACAAAUGUAAGUACACAGAUACAACAACAACAAAGCAUACAAGAACAAAAUAAAAUAUAACCGUUUUUUAUGAAACUGCACGCAUUUCGUAUGAGGUCAUUCGCCGUUUUGCAUGCCUCCGAAGUUAUUUGGGAAAAUUUCCAAAUGAUUUAAAGAUCGUAAAACACUUACAAAAAUAAUAUGUGAGCGAUACAAUGUUUUUCUUUCAUGCAUAUUUACCAUAUAUGCAAGUGCUUUCAUGUAUGUAUUCAUAUUAGGAUGGUACUAAAAAAAAAUCAAAUUAGUGAUUAUUCUCCAAUAUGAGACCCUUUAUUGAUAUAUUGGUGUUAUGACUUUGAAAUUUUAUUCGCGAUCAGUGUCAAUUAAGGUUUACCGAACAGGUAUCAAAGUUCAAAUUUUCUAUGAGCUCCUUAAAACUAUUUUGUUUCGUUAUUCAAUAGGCUAAAAUCAUGAACACAGUACCCAAGUGUAUUUCUUUUUAAUUAAAGCACCGAAUGGUGACAGUUAAGCGCUGUUACAUAAGGCUCAAAUUUCAAAUAUCAAAGCAAUUUACGUAAAAUGUUUUUUUUUUUCUAAAUUUAAGGAGCACCCUAAUUUAUAUAUCUGUAAUUAUACAUGUUGUUUAAGGGUUAAAAGUACAGAAAUUUCCGAAAUCAGAUUUAAACAAAAAUUUCUACAAUUUAGGACCACCCUAUUUUUUACAUAUAUGCGAUUUUGUGUGUUCAACAAAAGCCAAAUUCUAAAUAUCGCGCAAAUAUUAAAAAAGAUAAUUUCCAUAUUUAAUGAUCACCCUAACUUUGACUUUUUGCGCACGUACCACGGCAUUUAAAUUACCAAAAGCCAGCAUCAAUUCGCCUAUUACAUAUACACCUACACAAAUAUAAAAUGCACACUUGAUUGCCUCCAUGUAUUUCCUUAUUUUUCGUUCUUUAUCAAUAAUCGUUGCCUCCGCGACAGUGACACAAAACGGCGAAUGCCAUUGCAAUAUUUACCAAAUGUGAUGUAAUGCAAAGUAUAAGCGAAAAUUUAUUUGUGUUAAGUAAACACAUGUGUUUUUUUUUUAAUUUUAAAUGAAAGAAAUUAAUUUUGUUUAUAUGUAAUUAUUUAUACAAUUUACUAUGUAAGUUUGUAUGUAAUAAUUUUAAGUGAAUAUCUAUAUAUAUAUAUACCUGUACAUCUAUCUAACUAUCAUCAUAAGAUUUAUUAUGUAUUAUAACAAUAUUCUGUGUAUAAAAAUAACUGUAAAUGUCAAAUUUUAAGCGAAAAUUUUCUAACUAAGUAGUAAACAACACAAUUAAGUCCUAAUAUAAUAUAUCUUGUGUCCCGAACUAUUUUUUUUUGUAAAAAUCUAAAAAGCCCUUAAAAUGUGUGUAUACAUAUAUCUGCCACUAAUUGAAAUGGCCUGAUUUUAUGUGAAAACUCGGCGUAUUUGUAUGUGUAAGAGCUAGCAAAGUUGUAUUAAAAUCAAAUUUGUUAAAAGGAAAUACGCAGCAUUUAAGUCAGCCCAUUAUAACUGUUACAUGGUAGACAUAUGUAUAUUGUCUACUGUAACUGUUAUAUAUGCAAAUAUGAGCGUAGAUUAUUUUAUUGCAUGAUACAUCACAAUUUGUUUAAUAAAAAAAUAGUUAUACUGGCAAAAUAAAUCGUUUACAAAUAUAGUGAGCGCUUAAAAACUUUAUUAAGCGAGCUUUUGAUAACUUUCCGAAAGGGAAUUCCAAUAUUGAUUAACAUCUUUUAUGAUGUUAAGCAAGUUCAGCAACUUAUGGUGAUGCUGAACAUACCUCUAGCUCAAAAAUAAAAUAAAGUAAAAGCUUAAAUGAAGGCGGAAGCUUUGGAGAAACUGGAAGAGAACGCCUUUAAGAGGUACAAUUUAAAACAAAAUUAAAGCUUAAAUUAAAACAUACAUCAAGAUGAAAGCGUUAAAUAAUGCCAAAGCUUUAUGUGAAAGCUGAGAACAAUGUGAGUGCUUUUCAGAAUUAAAGUUUGUAAUAACACAAAAACUUAAUUUAAGGUAUAAAUCAAGAUGAAAGCUUUAAAGCUUUUUGUGAAAGCUGAGAACAAAGUGCAGGUUUAAAUAAAAGUGACAGCUUUUUACAUUUUGAAGGCUUUAAACCAAAUUAAAUCGCACAUAAAAACGAAAUUUAAAAUUUUCAAAAAAAAAAAACGUCAUUUAUGUCAAAAUAAAACGUGUAAAUGUGAAAGUAUUAAAAAACGACCGAUUAAGCUUGAAGCUUUCAAAAGGAUGAAAAAAAUGGCAUAUAAAUAUUAAAUCUUUCAAAAGGAUGAAAACACUAAACAGUUAAAGCUUAGCUCGAAGUGCCAACAUUAAACUUAGAAAAGUUUAAAACAAGGAAUAUGAAAGUGCAAAACACACUGAAAGCUGGAAACAAAGCUAACGUUAGAAACCAGGUGAAAGUUUUGGUAAAAUAAAAGCUUGUGCAAAGCGAAAGUUUUCAACGGCACGUCAAGGUGAAAGCUUAUGUAAGCUAGAGUUUUUUGAUAAUUAAGUGUCAUAUGUCAAAGCGAAAGCGGUUACAAAAGUGAAAGCUUGAAUCAAAAUCAACUUAAGUAAAGUGAAAGCUUAAAUGCUAGCCAAAUAUAGAAGAAACUUGUUACAAGAAAGCUUGCUUCAAAUAAGGAAAAAAUGCAAUGUACCAUGUAAAAAAACUGGAAACGAAACAAAAGCUUCCCAACUGGCGACAGGUUGAUGAAAAUAAUACUACAACAAGCUUAAUCAAUGCUUAAGGAAAACUAUAUUACAAUUCUUAUUCUUUGUACGCAUAGAGAUGCAUUAUCUAUAGGAAGCGUACAAUAAUAUAAAUUUUCAAGAAAGCUUUAUAAGAUUUGCAGUGAAAGUUGAGAUGAAACCUGUAUGUUAAUCCUUAUUUAAUAAAACUCCUUCACACGCUAUUUUCACAUCAGAGAUUUAUAUUUUUGUGCCCAUAUAAACGUAUGUAUGUAAUAAAUUGAUUUUUCUACAAGAAGUGAAAGAAAAAUAUAGUUAUCCUUAAAGGGUUAUUAUACUCACUUGCAAGUUAGAAACAAAACGUUUUUUCUCCCUAAAUUUUGUGAAAAGUCAUUUUACUUCGUUAAGAAGUAAAAAUAAUGUACGUUUACAAAAUUUUAUGUACUUUAAAAAUCGGAGAUUCUUUUUGAAAAAUUUUCGAUCGUCUUGAUCCUGUAGCCGAUCUUAAGCAGGACGAGUUUUCUGCUUGAAAUUAUCUUUAAUUCAGAAAAUUCAAAGUCGAUCGAUCUAGACGUUGCGGAGAAAUUUUCCUCACCGACACUGUCGCAACAAAAAACGCAAGAUUUUGCAAAAUAUUUUUUUUAACCUGACUACUUUCUGACUUCAAUCAUUAUGAGAAACUUUCGUCGAAAAUUUCAAAUUGGUUAAUAUAUUCACCAGAUAAUAUAUUAAAUUUAAUUUCAUACAAUUUAUACAAAAAAACUUCCAAUUUUACUUUAGUAUGCAUAUUAGAGAGAAAUUGAAGACGUUCGAAUAAAAAAUGUGAACCACAUUAGGUUAAAAUUUGAUUUUGUGCAAUAUUUAUUUACACAUAGUGCUAUAAAAGCGCGACCAACUGAGCUUAUGCUGCGUUUACACUUACCCGACAUCUUUUGUACUUCGACUUUAGACUAACCGUCGUUACAACUUAACUACAAAAGCAGAAAUAGCGACACAUACGAGUACCUAUAGUCAGACAUAUAUACAUAGCAAUGUGCUUGUGUGUGUGUAAACAGAGCUUAAAAUUAAUGAAGGCCAACAAAUACUAAAACAAUUGCUAGUUAUUAUUAUUUACGAAUGCAUUUUAGCGCAUUUGCUACCCAAUGCUAACGGUGAUUUUCUGCAUCACAACAAUUUUUUAGUCAGCGAGGAAUUUGCAAUAAAUAUAUUUUAUAUUUUUAGUAACAAAAUGUAAAAAUAAAUUAAGAAAAAUGUAAAACUGUUAAUAUCAAAUAUGCAUAGCCAUUUAUUAAGCUAACAAAUAAAUAACGGUAUAAGCUGUGUAGCUUUAGAAAAAAUGUAAAAUAAAUUAUGCAAGGUUGUAUAACAACUACAACAACCUUACAAUGCAGAAUUUAUUGAAAAUGUUAAUGAUAUUUUUCGCAUACCGAAUUUAGACUUGGCUUGAAAUUUAAAACUUUUCAAUUUUAAAUAUUCGAGUUAUGCAAAUUAUUUUCACUCCGCUUACCACCCACUCUGGUGGUUCUGGCUUUCGAAGUGGAAAUAUUUUCAAUUGUUCGACAGCACUACUUAAUAACUUUUUAUCCAAACAUUUCUAUUUUUAAUAAAUAAUCAGAAAUCUAUAUUAUAUAUUUGUAUAUGUAUGUAUAUGUGUAUUUGUGUAAAUAAAAUAUUUUUGUAAGUUUUACUAUAAAUCACGAACUAACGGCGACGGCAUUGCAAACAUGUCAUUGUGUGUGUAUUUGUGCGCCAACCAAGCAAUAAAUGGGCGAACGCUAAUAACGUGUAACACAAUAUUUACAAAAAUGAAAA